AUGGCUGGUAGCGGUUCCAUCUUCACUGCCAUCUCUUCGUCCGAGUCUACCAACGUCAUGCCUUCGGCGAGAUUCGAUGGCUGCCUGGCCGCUGAUAUGCGUGGGACGUUCUUCACAUCGGAGAACGGCUCAGUUGAUGGAGUUUCAACCUUGACCUGGAUCAACCCGGUAGGGAAGCUGGUUAAACCAGGUGCGCCCUCAUCUCAGCAGAUGGAUCCCGUCAGCGCGAUAGGCCUGGCAGCCGCCAUUGUCCAAUUCAUUGACAUCGGUGCCAAGGUCGCAAAGCGCCUGCACAGCUUCAGCAAUGACCUGGACCAGGUGCCCAAGGCCUUCCGGCAGAUGAGCGUCAAUCUUCCUCUUAUCGUCGAUGGGCUGAGGAGGAUCAAGUUGCAGGAGGACUCUGACAAGCUGGACGAGGCCACGCGAACCGCGCUCCGGCCCGUCGUGACAGAGUGCAUUCGCUCGACAGAAGAGCUGGGCGGCAUACUGGACAAGACACUGCCCAGUGCGACAGCGUCAUCGUGGGAGCGCAGAAAGAAAGCCCUGUUGAGCCUUGGGAAGGACAGGAAGGUGGAAGAGAUCUCGGAGGCACUGGAUAGAUAUGUCCAGGUUCUCACCUUUCAUCAGGUGAUUUCUGCCGGCACAUCUCACCCAGAAGCGCCGCCGGCUUACGAGACACUCACCUUCUGGCUUGUGCCGUUGGACCGAAAUGCAUCAUUUGUGGGAAGAGAAGACAUCCUGCGGCAGAUAGACUUGACGUUCCAAGUGAAGGAGGGCAGUCAGCCUAAAGUGGCUCUAUACGGUCUGGGCGGUAUUGGAAAGUCCCAGAUUACGCUAGAGUAUUGUUAUCGGAGAUCCAAGGAGGAGGACAAAUGUUCCGUGUUUUGGGUCAACGCAGCCACUGCUGCCCGAUUCGAAGAGUCCUUCAAGCGCAUAGCAGACUCAUGUGGCCUUGUCACUGGAGGACAAGGAUCUUCGGAUGAUAUCACCGUAUUGGUGAAGGACUACCUCGAGACGAAGCAUUCUAGGCCGUGGCUGAUGGUUCUCGAUAAUAUCGACGACAAACAGGCUUUCUUCGUGGAAGAGUUGCGAAGUGGGCGCACCGCGUCUGAUACGAUACCGCGUUGUAGCCAAGGCUCGCUACUAUUCACCACGAGAACGAUCGAUGUGGCUGUCGAUCUCGUAGCGCCCGCCGAACCGAUAAUGGUGACCGCGAUGACCAAAGAGGAAGGCACACAACUCGUGAGGAAUCGUCUACCCGGAGAAAAAGCAGACGCUAGCCUUAUUGCAGAGUUCUUGCAGGAGCUCGACCACAUACCGCUAGCCAUAUCACAAGCCGUCGCGUUCAUGGCCAAGCGGCGGAAGACUGUGGCACAGUAUCUUCAGCAAUACAGAUCCAACGAGACUGCGAGGAUGCGGAUGCUAAACUACGAAUUCUCGGACCAUGGCCGACAAGACCGAUCGCUUGAGUCGGUGGCAAAAACGUGGGCCAUCUCGUUUGACUGGAUACGGAACAACGAUCGACGAGCAAUAGACUUGCUAUAUGUCAUCAGCUUUCUUCAACAUCAGAGUAUACCAAAGGAGCUCCUGCUUGACGCUGAUGAGGACGAAUUCGAGUUUGAGGACGCUGUGGCGACGCUCAAAGGAUUCUCGUUCCUCGAUGCCAACGCUGAUGACACCGUCUUCAAAACUCACCGUUUAGUACAGCUGACCACUAGAUCGUGGCUUCAGACACAGUCUCUCGAGGCGUUGGAAGCAGCGGCUUUUGAAGCCCUGAAGCUGCUAUCUUUGAACUUCCCCGAGCCUAUCACAAACCCACUGGAAGGCUACUUUAUAACUUGCGCCAAUAUGUUACCACAUGCCGAGCUGCUAUUGCAAUACAAAUUCCAGAAGCCCCUUGGCAGGGAAGAAGAGCUCGUCAAAGCGCGGCUGCUUGACUAUGUCGGCAGAUAUGUUCACUGGAUUAGUGACUAUCAAACAGGCUUGGCCAGGCUUAGGGAGGCAUGUCGAAUCAAAGAAAAGCAUCUCGACGAGAGGGAUGUGGAUAGGCUGAGGACUCAGGGUCGUCUUGUAUGGUCUUUGUUCGUAAACGGUGACGCAGAGGAAAUCAAAGCGGCGAUGGAACUGGGCUAUCGGCUACUGGAGUUGCGGCGCGAAGUUCUCGGCGCAGACCACCCGGAGACUAUAGACUGCCUCAGCGACCUCGCUGGUGUUGUAGAGGUGGCGGGAGACCUGGAGAAGUCCAGGACGCUGCAGGAAGAAGCAGUCGAGCGCAGCGUGCGCGUUCUCGGCCCCACGCACCAGGACACGCUCAACUGCAAGGCCCAUCUCGCCAGCGUGCUGCAAGAACUAGACUACAUCGAACAGGCGGUCGUGCUACAGCGCGAAGUCUACAAUGUCAAGCUGCGAGAGCUGGGGCCCGAAAACCCGGAUCUGCUGGCGGCGGAGCACAACCUGGCCAUGAUCCUGUCUGACGCCGGCGAGGACGAGGAGGCGCUGCGGCUGACGCGACAGAACUUCGAGACCAAGCGGCGGGUCCUGGGCGUGGAUCACAGGGAGACCCUGAUCACGGGGCACUUUCUGGCCGUCGAGCUGCGCGGGCUGGAGAGGGACGAGGAGUGCAGGCGCUUGUGCGAGAUGAUCAUUGCGGAGGCGCGGCAGGGGCCGAGGCGGAACAACGUGCACAGCAUCCGCAUCGUGAACCAGAUUAGCGGGUUGCUUGACUACCUGAACAACCACGCAGCGGAUACUGCGACGCAGGAUGUUUCUUAG